GACAUAAAAGAAGAAAAGAAAUCCUGUGUUUCUUUUGCCAGGGGGCUCAGAGCAGCGUUAAUGUCAGUGCUUAUGGCUCUAUUUACCCUUCUGAAACUUAGUUUUUACCUUUCCUUCCCCUUUAAAUGGACAAGUGCCCCCCCUGGGGAACAAGCGGGGCACCCCCUCAUGUCUAUAGAUCAUUUCCUGCGAGGGACACGCAACAAAGUACUAAACAUGGCGGCUUCCAUACACCUCCCAUUACUGUGCCCCAAACACUAUGUGCCCUGACAUGGGGGUGGGGGGGGUAGUGCCCAGACUGGAAUUGAACCUACGGCCCCAGUGCCGACACUGAGUGAACCCAGUAUAACUGGCAAUGGAACUGGGGUUCCCUCCUCACCCCUUUAAUGCAGAGAGAAGCAACAUCCUGCAUGGCCGCACAUAAAUCAGUUCAGUCUGCGUCUAAUUGCUAAUUACUAGUCACGUUACUGCCGGUAUUAACCCUAAAUCGAACCCGUACGUGGCACUAAGGAUCCACUGAGCCCAAUCCUUACUGACGCUGCUGUGCCCCCGGGGGAAAUGUGGCCCUAGAACAGGGGCCCCCGGCAAAGAAUUAGUGUUAGUGCCAGCUCUGCCUGGGUAGAACCUCUCAUGCACUCUCGCUGCAGGUGGGUGUCUCUCGUCUUCCUUCCUGAGUCCGGGGGAUGGUCUCUUCCUCUAUCUUUCCCCCAAACUGUCAGUUCCGCCCCUCUCUCUCUCGCACAAGUCUGCGCUCUCACUCAGUGUGAGGGGAGAGAGCUCUAGCUGACAGUUUACACCGUCUGUCUCUGUAGCACCCCAGGACUCAGGAUGACGGUCACACUGGACUUUGAAGAGAGUCUCACAGACUCCCCCCGCACAAGGGCAGCUAUGGAAGAAGUAGAGUGUGAGGUCUCUGAUCUGGAGUCCCGACUAGAGAAGCUGGUUAAACUCUCCUCUCACAUGAAUGAUGGGGGGCGCCAGUACUGCAGCUCAAGCCGUCAUUUUGUCGAAGCUCUACGUGAUUUGUCCCACCAUUCCCAGAAAGACUCCAUGCUCAGCGAAUGCUUGGAGCGCUUUUCAGACGGACUCUCUAAGAUCAUUGACAGUCAUGUGGAACUUCUUGAGAACAUUCAGUUCAGCUUCAAACAAAGACUUCUGCACCUUCUGAAAGAAGACCUCCGAUCUUUCCGAGACAGUCGCAAGGAUAUGGAGAGAUGCAGAGAAGGGUUGGAGAGUGCACUACACCACAAUGCAGAGACUGCUCGUAGAAAAGCUCAGGAGGCGCAGGACGCAGCGAGUGCAGUGCAGGGGUCUCGCAAAGCAUUCAGAGACAGAGCCUUGGAGUACGCCCUGCAGAUUAAUGUCAUUCAAGGAAAGAAGAAGUUUGACAUUUUGCAGUUUAUGCUGCAGCUGAUGGAUGCCCAGGCCUCCUCCCUGGCACAGAGCCACCACGCCAUGCAAGCCCUCGACCAAUACCGCAAUGAGCUGGCAGCCCAGGUCCAUCGGUCGGUGCUGGAAGCUGCCCGGGAGCAGAGAGACAUGGAGCAGAAAGUGACCCUCAUCAAGGCCAAGGAUCCGUCGGACGAGGACUCGGUGUUACAGGGGGACGGGGCACAAGUGGUGAUCGAGGGGUAUCUCUUCAAACGCGCCAGCAACACCUUCAAAACCUGGAGCCGGCGCUGGUUUUCCAUUCAGAAUAAUCAGCUCGUGUAUCAGAAGAAAGUGGACGUACUCACUGUCGUCAUUGUCGACUUGCGACUUUGUGCCGUGAAACUGUGUCCUGAAGCGGAAAGGCGCUUUUGCUUUGAGGUUGUGUCACCGGCAAAGUCGUGCAUGCUGCAGGCAGAGUCGGACCGGGUGCUGCAGUUGUGGGUCAGCGCUGUGCAGAGAAGCAUUACAACAGCCUACAGUGACAACAAGAGGGAAAGUGGCAGCCUACGCCUGCCCCGCUCACCUGCAGAGGCCCCUGCCCAGGAGAAGGGGGUUCAGGGUGCACAAGAUGCCGUGCUGAGGGUCCCGGGGAAUGCCUCCUGCUGUGACUGUCGCACUGCCGAACCCGAAUGGGCCAGUAUCAACCUGGGGGUCACUCUCUGUAUUGAGUGCAGUGGAAUCCACAGGAGUCUCGGUGUUCACUUCUCCAAGGUUCGAUCACUAACGCUGGACUCAUGGGAGCCUGAACUGAUCAAGCUCAUGUGUGAACUUGGGAACAGUACCAUCAAUGGGAUCUACGAAGCCCGAAUAGAAGAUAUGAACAUAAGGAAACCAACAGCGGCCAGCUCACGCAGUGAGAAGGAGGUUUGGAUUCGAGCCAAAUAUGUAGAGAAGAAAUUUAUCACUAAGCUGCCCCAGAGCAGCCUGCGAUCCCCCCGUCACAGCCAGCCGGACCCUCCAUCACACAGCCCCAAAGCCAGGACCUUGGGACAGAGGCCAAACAGUGGGCCAGACUUGAAGGCGCUGAGCAGGCCCUUUGCACAAACAGAGCUUCAGCGACCAAUCAGCAGCCCCGGGGCGCAAAGGCAGAACACGGAAGAAACAGAGAUUGAACCUGAAAACGGCCGACAAGUUCGGUUGAGGAAAGCAACAAGGCCAUUACUGAGGCCCAAACCAGGGUUGGCCACAGCCAGGGCCGAAGGGGCUGAUGGGAAGGAUGUGCGUAGCCUCCAUCCUGGGGCCCUUCUGUACCGAGCGGUGGAACAUCGCUGUCUCCCAACAAUGGCCGACGCUCUUGCGCAUGGAGCAGAUGUGAACUGGGUGCGGAGCGAGGAGAGGGGGUACACCCCGCUGAUCCGGGCUGUACUAUCAAAUUCUCUCGUCGCAUCUGAGUUUCUCCUGCAAAAUGGGGCGAGUGUGAACCAAACGGAUAAGGACGGACGGGGCCCCCUGCACCACGCCACCCUCCAGGGGUACACAGGGCUGGCCUGCCUAUUCCUGAAACGUGGAGCGGAUAUCAAUGCUGUGGAUAAUUCUGGGAAAGAUGUUCUGUCCAUUGCUAUAGAAAAUGCCAACGCUGACAUUGUCACCUUACUUCGGCUGGUGAAGAUGCGAGAAGCUGACAUUGCUCUGGGCCAAUCAGGUGACGAGACCUACUUGGACAUUUUCCGAGACUUUUCCCUCAUGGCGUCGGAUGCCCCAGAGAAAUUAUCUCGGAGAAGCUUCGAUCUUCAUCUGAGCACCUUGUAACCCGGUCUCCAUGAGAUGCCCCAGCAGGAAUAAGAUCCACGGCAGCUGCUGGUAACAGGACUUACCUACCUCCGGGAGAUACCUCCAUGGAGCCAAAAGACUGCGUCCGGGCCAAUAACAGGAGAACCUUUAGGAAAAGCCUAUGGACCUAUAUUUUAUUAAGUAGAAACUAGUCAAAUCACGUCCCUGGGGGGAGGAGCUUCAUGGUUGGCCACUUUAAAGUAAGCAUCCCCAUUGUUGUGAUUCGUCCAUGUGCUCCGGAAUAGACUCUUGGGUGAGCUACUCCAUGGUUGUCCAUUGGUCUCAUAUAAUGGUAGGCCAGUACCAUUCUUUAAUUCUGAUUGGUCCGUGGAUCCACUUAAUUCUCCUUCUGUCCUGAUUUGUGAUUGAUCAGUGGUAAUGAUAAAGGACUGAUCCUUUGUGCUCCUU